AUGAGUUUUCGUGGCCUCCUUUCGACACGCACCUCGAACAUUAUAAUUAAGCCCCGAAAACCAUUCAGACUACAAACUCCGACUUUAUCUGCAUUACGGCAAUCGAGAACAUAUACGUCACGUCGUUAUACACGAUUUGAUGACCAACGAGAUGACCAGGAGGGCAAAGAAGAGGAUGAUUUGGACAGAGAAUUUCGUCGAAAGUUUGAAUUUUUUCGAUUGUACGGGACAGGUGCUCUUGUGAUUGGUGCCGGCACGAUAUGGUACAUUGCUCAUCUCGAACAAGUUCCAGAGACAAAGAGAUGGCGAUAUAUGGACGCUAGCAAGGGUAUGAUACAAAUGCUGGAGAAGCAAAGCUAUGAGGAGAUUAUGCACGAAUACGGUCGCAAGAUUCUACCCAUGAAUCAUCCUGCUACGAGGCUCGUACAAACCGUGGCGGAGCGUCUUAUCACGAGAAAUGGACUUGGACAUGUUGCCACUCGUCCAGUGAACUCGGGAGCAGAUCAAAAACCAGACGAAUGGUUGGUCUAUGUGGUAGAUGAGAAGAUACAAAAUGCGUUUGUAGCGCCUGGUCGGAAGAUUGUAGUAUUCUCUGGAAUGCUACACCAGGUCGCCGAUGAGGAUCAAUUAGCCGGUAUUCUCGCCCACGAAGUCGCUCAUCAACUUAUUGGUCACGUCCUGGAAAAGGUCUCCCUAACGCGUCUGAUAUUCAUCGCGGACGUCGCCAUCCAAUUCCUCUUAGGCACAAAUACUGGUCUCUCUGGACUAGCGCUGCAAGCACUUAUUGCGCUACCGAAUUCGCGCACUCAGGAGCUCGAGGCGGAUCUCGUUGGACUGCGGCUCAUGUCCAAAGCAUGCUUUGACCCGGGAGCUGUCGUUAAAUUCUGGCAUUCCUUUGACAAGCAAGACAAAUACCAGCCACCCGCGUUCCUCUCGACUCAUCCAGGCCAUAGGCAACGAGCAGCUGCGAUUGAGGGAUGGGUCCCUGCUGUUCGUUCAGAGUACCCGUGUCAGGACAUGGUCGAGUUCUCGCAUGCGUUUGAUCAAGGAAGACGGUAUAGUGGCGUCGGAAUGGACAUACGAAGGCCGUCUUUCUCGACUUCUGCACCACCAGCUAGACAAGCACAACCUCAGUCGCGACAACCUUCUCCUAUUUCUCGCUCAGAGCCAUCUCCAGAUAGUGGAGACUGGACAAACCAUGAUCCAUGGAGCUCGGACUCCAAUGGAAGUAGUGGUGGAGAGGCAGAUUGGGGAAUGCAAGAUCCAUGGGCGAGCAAAAACGACCGGAGCAAGGGAAGUUCAUGGUAA